ACCGCAGCCUGAGGCUUUAAAGAAGGACAACGCCUCUGCUGAGAGUGAGAACACAACGCUGUGGGAGAGAGUAGAGGAGAGAAGGAAGAGCAGGAGAGAGGGAGGGAUAGCUACAGUACAGUAAGGGAGUCUGGUAGAACUGGUUGUUGAAAGGAAAGAGCGAUGGAGUCUUUUGCAGGAGAUGCGGAGGGCAGCGCUGGUGACCUUACAGGAGGAAAGAGGAAGUCCAAGCUGAAGACCCUGAAGACACGUCUGUUUGGGAGAUCCAAGAGAGAGACCAAACUCAGCCAGUCUACUGGUGAUGUCACUGAGGCGGACGGGCUGGGCUCAGCUGAGCAUCUGUGUUCAGGCAUGUUGGGAUCACGGGCGUUGUCACAUGACAGUAUCUUCUUGGCCGACCAGGAUCUGUCUAGUCCGGAGCAGCCCAGGGUUCUAUCCCAGGAGAACGUCCAAGGCAGGAUCAAAGAACUCCAGAUGAAGCUCCAGCAGCAGAACAUGCGUCUAGGCCCGUCCCCAUUGGUCCUGCCAAUCAAAAGUCCAGAGGACCUGGGGGGCAGCUCAGAGGACGAUGGUCUGCCCCACAGCCCUCCCGAAAUCUCCAUGGGCGACAACAGACACCCCCGGGGGGCAUCUUACAAGUUCCCUGCCCCGCCCAGGCACCAUAGCUCUCUGAGUUUAGCAGGAACAGGAAGUGAGGAGGAAGAGCAGGCCACCUCCCAACCCUUGUCCCAUCCCCUCUCUCCCAUGCUCAAAACUUCUCUUACCAGCUUCGUGCACCCCACCCCAUCUGCCCCCCUCUUUGCCUUCUCCCUUGCCUCUCCUGCCUUGGAUUUCAGCACCCCAGCCCAGUUCAUCCCCUCCCUGGAUAACUCUGCCGCCCGCCACCGUAUGGCUAUCAAGCCCAGGAACCAGAGGGCCAGUGCCAAGAACAAAAGGCUGACCAUGACUGAAUCGAGACCACGCUCAGAGAGUCUUAACAACUUUGACCGGCCCUUGACAGAGGAGGAAGAGGACGGGCCUGCUAUUACCGGGGGUAAAACACGUUUACGUUCUCACUCUACCCAGAUCCAAAAGUUGGAGCAAGGGGGGUUGACCACCCCCACUGCACCCCCAGAGCUGAAACCCCUUAAGUCUGGUCCCACAGAGGCUGAGGGGUGCCCAAAAACCUCCACCCCAACCCUCCCCUGCAAGCCCUCUCCACAGGAGCAGCCCCAUCCUGGGGUUGCUCUGAGACCAGUGGAAAUUGUGGCAGGCAAACAUCCACAGUCCUCCUCUGUGACCACAGUACAGGACCUGAGAUACACUCCACAACAGCAGACCCUGAAACUGUCCCUGGGAGACCCCAAGCCCUCAGCCCCGUCCCAAACCAGGAGGGACGUCCUGAGCAAGAGUGGUGUGAAAGAUUCAACCCCCAGCACCGAGGAUGGCCCCAAAGAAAACCCAGUCCCGGCCGCCCAGCCCGCAGCUAGCCUGGCCUCAGUGGUGGAUCUCAGAACAUCCUCUCUGAGGUGGAAGCCAGAGGCUGUGGCUGCUGGUCAGAGUACCACAGAGCCACCGGCUGGGCAGGAGGACGCAGUUCAGGCAGAGCCAAGGCCAGUCUCUGGAUCCUUCCGCUUCUCCAUCAACUCUGCCAGGGAGCGGGAGAGACACAAGACGGGAAGUGGUGGUUUCUUGGGAGUGGUGGAGCAGGCUGGGGCUGGGGCGAAGAGGGAGGGGAGGGAGAAGGGGACAGAGGUGAAGUUGAUCUCCUCAAACGCCAGCCAGAGGGGGCAAGAGCAGCAUGGGGGCAGGCAAGAGGGAGCCAAGCCCAAAGAAGAGGAGUUGACUGCCAGCGAGAAAGUGUCGGAAGGGGAGGAGGUGGAGGAGGAGAGCAGGGAGGGAGUGGAGGAGGCAGUGGAAGCAAAAGAGGAGGCACAGGAAGAGGAGGAAGAGGGGAAAUCAGCAUUUGGCGUGAAGCUUCGCUCCACCUAUCUCUCUCUGAGGGUCCGGGCGGAGUCAGCCACCAGCCAAUCAGAUCUCAAGACGGACCAUCAAAGUCAGGAGGUGGGUGCUCUCCCUCUUACCCCUUACACCCUUUCCUCAAAACCCACCGGGCUUGAGGGGCUACAGGACACCCCGCCAGCCAACUCAAUGCCCCAAAAGCUCCAUACAAACACCUGGGAUGCCCCAACAACACUGUCUUCACCCAGGGGGAGAGCUGGCUCCCUCAGAGAAGCAGUAACCUCAGCCCAGCCUGCCCCCUCAUCUCUCACUAAAGAGGCCCAAACCACCCCAGCUAUCCCUAAGGUGGUCCAAACCACCCCUGUCCCAGCCAUGGAAGCCCACACUACCUCCUCAGCCACUCAGGACCCCACGACUGGCCCCCAGGCGCCCCCCAAGGCUACCGUAUCCUGGAUUAGUAUGGCAUGGGGGAAGACCCGGGGCCUCCAGCAGCUCUUCACCAGCAGUCUACCCAGAGACUUCACCGGCAUGCAGUCCCCAACUCAACCGCAAUGUCAGACCACAACACAACCACAGACGUCGUCACUGGCUCAGAUCAUGACACAAACUCAGAGACAGAAUGCAACACAACCACAGACACAGACGACAAUGACACCACAGGCUCAGACCACAGCACAACCACAAUCACAGACCCCAAUGCAACCCCUGACUGCUAAACUACUGCAGUCACAUAAUUCAUCACAACCACCACAGACAGCAGCACAAACACCCACACAGACCACAAAACAACCGCAGACUGACAAAACACCACAGACACACAACACAACACAACCACAGACAGUGACCCAACCAUCAACACAGAACACAAAACCAUCAACACAUGUGUCAAACCAAACCAACACUCGGGCAGCACAACCAUCCACCGCCCCUCAACCGCUAGCGCAAUCUACCCUAAGUUCUGUGUCUCAGGUGACCUCACCGUCCAACCUACGAGCAACCCAGCACACCCUGCGCUCCACUCCACAGACCCAAGCCCAAGGCACACUACGAUCUGCCCCAAUGUGUGCCACUUCCACUCAGCCCCUGGCCUCGUCUUCCCUCUCUUCAAGCCCAAGCUCCACACCCAGCCAGCCCCCAUGGAGCACACGAGGUCACAACCCGACCCCUCAGCCCAAACCAGCCUUAGCCCCAACAACAACCCCAGCCCCAGUCCAAGCCACAGUCCCAGCACUAGGGAGAGGUGAGAGGACCCCUGUUCUCCAGGGGAAGAGUGAGGAGGCGGCUAUGCCCACAGAGAAGUGGGUGGACAGGCCAGGGACUGUGGGAGGGAGGACAGCCUUUCUGGAGAAACGGGCGGAGUGGACCCCUCUUGCUUGGAGCAAGGAGGAGCUCAGGAGAACGAGGACCCCACCUGAGUCUCAGCCCACAGCUGAAUCUGCUGCUCCUUCCAAAACGCCACCCACUCACAGAAACACUAAAGUUGCUAAACUUGAUGGGAGGCCAGAAUCAAGCCCAACCAAAGUGGCAGGCAGGCUUGCAGACAGAGAGCACAAAUGGCUGAAAAAGAACAUGGCAACGUCGUCAUCUCCUUCAUCAUUACCUUCGUCAUCAUCCCCCCUGCAGACCAUCUCUGACAGCGGGGGGCAGCCAUCUUGGAUGGAACUGGCCAAGAGGAAGUCAAUGGCCUGGAAUGACAAGACCAUGGACUGAUAGAAUGAGAACGAAAGAAACAGAAAAAGAGAAGGGGAGAGGGAUAAGGAGAGAGAGAGGGAGCGUCAGGUGGUGGGUAUAUAGAGAUAGGGAGAGAUACAGAGAGAGAGAGGGGGAGUUCCUUAUUUUAAUCCACGUAUUGUUAGUUGCUAUAGACAAGAGUGUCUGCUAAAAUGUCUCAAUUGCAAGUUGUGAGAGUGGUAGAGACGGAGCAAGACAGAGGGAGAGAAACAGCAACAACAGUAGUGAUGGGAAUGUAGAGCGAGUGAAGGACAAAGUGAGAUGUUGAGUUCAUUGAAGUGGAAUUGAAUUGGCCUUGGAAGCAAAAGCUAUAGGUAAGCUGUAUAAUCUGCUUCCCUUGAAUGUACAGGCGUGCUUUGUUUGUGACAUUUUUUUUGUAUUGUAUGUUUGCGUAUGGGAUGACCAUGAUGUAGAAUGGUUCACCAUCUCUGAAUUCUUACGUUUUCUGUCUCUCUUGGUUUUGAUCCAAACAUAUUUUUGUCCCUAACUCUGGGCUUAUGUUAGAGAUGGGAAAAAUAUUAUUGAUAUAUUGUUUGAAUAAUAUUUUAAUUAUAUCUCAGAAAUAAAUAAUGUAUAAGAUAUUUAUGAAAUCAAUAAAUGCUUAUGUAUGUGACUAAA